UUCUUCUCAGCAUCAUUUCCCUUUCUCUUUCUCUCUCAAUCCCUCUCCGUUCUCGCCACUCCGACUCCACGCGACAUGGACGCGCUCCUCCCCUCCGCCUCCUCUCCCCUCUCCAAGCGCCCGUGCCCUAACGACCCCUCCUCGUCGUCCUCCUCCGUUCCUAGGGUUUCGCCCUGCUCAGCCGCCUCCGCCAUGGACGGCCUCCUCGAGUGCUUCGUCGCCGGCGCCCUCGACCCCUCCGUCUCCCUCCACCUCUCCCUCGAGCGCCUCCUCGGCGCCGCCGUCCUCGAGCACGAGAAGGAGGCGCUCGUCGCCGCCGCCGCGCGCGCCGGAUCGGCCCUGCUCGACGCCGCCGGGAGAUCCGCGCGCAAGCGCGCCUCGUUGCACAACGCCGCGGCGUGGCCUCUCCCCCCCGAUCUCACCAUCAGAGUAUUCGCCAUGCUAGAUACUCGGAGUCUUUGCCAUGCUUCUGCUACUUGUUCACUAUUUAACAAGUGUGCGACCGAUUCAUUAUGCUACACCGAUAUUGAUUUAACUGCGGUAGUGCCGAGAUUUACUAAUACGGUUGUGUCUACAAUGAUACAAAGGGCGGGAAAGAACCUUCGGUCACUGAAGCUUGGUAGAUGGCCUAGUCCAAGUUCAAAGGCAUCUCAUUACACACUUUGUCCCAAAGAUUCACCCGGACUUUCAUCAGAUGAAACCCGGCCCAGCCAAAUGAGGGAAUCAUCUGUUCUUAGCAGGUCAUGCCUUGCAGCUUUAAGUUUGGACGGUGGUGCUGCAGGGGCGCUUUUGCGGAAGCUUUACUUGUACAAUAUCGAUAAAAUGAACAAUGCUGCUCUCUGCUUAGCACUCAAGGCAUGCCAGUCUCUUGCAGAUCUGAAACUUGUUGGGCUACCUGUUGAGCUGAGGCAAACUUUGACAGCAAUCAGCAAGUAUUGUUGUUUAAUAGAACGGUUGUUCAUCGAGUCCUCCGAUAUCGGCAGAGAUGAUGGUUUGAAGUCAUCAACUUGUUCUGAUCUGGUGAAAGGUUGUCCUAAUAUAUCAUCAUUGUCUCUCAGGGGGUUCAAACUCCAUGAUCAUAAAGUCAGUAUACUAGUUAAGAUAUUAAACUUGUUCCUGUUACAAUACAGGCUAUAUCUCAAGGAAAGGGUUUUGGUUUUGCAGGGCUUGUGCAAUCUUAAAUAUGUGGACUUCUCAACUUCUUUAUCAAUUACAGGCACCUUUUUAAGGAACCUUGGGAGUGGCACGGACACCUUUGCACUGGAGGCCUUGAUUCUCCGUGACUGUUUGCAUCUUAAAGAAGUUGAAGUUUCUCGGUUCUUUUCAGCUGUGCUGGAUGGAGAUUGUAAACAAUUGAGAUAUGUGUUGUUUGUCCCGAUGUCUCGUGAUUUCUCUUACCAGGAUGUAUCAAAUAAAGAUGGCCUUUCUGCACAUGUUGAUUGGAACGAGAGAUGCUUUAGCUUAAGUACAAUUCCAAUAUCACGGCUGUCAAAAGAAAGACCAGAAAUAUGUUUGAUUGCCGAAUUUCCUUCGGAAGGAAGUUGCAGCUCAAUGGACAUCGGACACGCUAGUGACAGCGAAACAAGCAGCGACGUGAGCUUGCCGUUGUCUAUUGACGUCUCUCUCUCGGCCAGCUCGAGCGAGAGCAUCUACAGCAGUGACCUGGGGAGCGGAAAUGAGGACGCACAUGGCGCGAAUGCCCCAUUUUAUUACGUGGAUGGCUUUGAUGAGGCAGACCUCCCACUUUUUUAGCUGGAUUGGUCGCGGUCCGUCCCCUACCAUCUGAAUCCAAUACCCUCCGACUCUUUUUUCCUCUCUCGCUCGUUUGUUGAUAGUGCAGUAGUUAUAGAGUCUAUCAGAACUGGUGUUUGAAGAAAAGGUUUUGCAUUCUUGUGUUAAUAAAACAACACUCUUGUGAGUGAGGAUAGUGUGGCACUGGUAAAUAAUCUUCUAUUAUUAUUAUUAUUAUUUUUUUCUCAGUCA